GAGUCAAUGCAUUAGUGUUAGAGUUUGUCUUUUACCAGUACACACUGAUACACGCUUGAAUUCAGUGCUGGAAAGCGUUUUUCGGUGAAAGAUUCCACUAGGAAGUCAAAAAUAAGCAUGAUUUUGUGGAGGGUGGGAGAUCGAGCCCUCCACGGGGAGGUUAAAAAAACAACUGAAGAUAAACAUGUUUGAGGAAGACCCAAUUCCCAUGGAAACGUCCUUGAGCACUCCUAAGGCUCAAGACACGAAUUCGAUGAAUGAAGUUAUAAAUAGCACCGAAUCAUCUCCUCUAUCUGUCGACUCUGGGAAUAAUAGAAGUGAAUCUGCUGAGCAAAUAGAAGCUGCAAAUACUCUCAUGCUUUUGCAAGAUGCUUCAUCGAACACGCAAUCAACCCCGUCGCCUAAGAAGCAAAGAAAAUCUGGUUCGCCAAAAAAGAGAGCUAGUGCCACUGAAAAGGUCACUCUUGGUGCAGCUACUAAGGAUACCUUAGAGGUGGAUGUUUCUGCUCUCACUUCUUCCGGUCUCGUUCAAGUUGUUAAAGACACACUGGCUUCAAGCAAGACGAAAAAUAUAUAUCCUCUGAAAUCUUACUACGAAUCCCUGCUCCAAAAGCAAGCUGAAGAAUCGGGAUCUUACGAUUCGUGCUUGGAUACUUUUGACUUUAAAAGUGAAAAUGAGUCCUUCCCAGUGACUCAGUUUUUCCAGCUAGCAGAAGGUGAAGAAGGUAUGGUACCGUCAACACAUACACCCAAACCAUUUAAGGGUGGCAAGAAAAAUGAAGGACAGAACCAAUCGACCUUGAGAAGUAUUUUAGAAGACAAGCCUCCUGUUUCCACACCAGAAAUGCAGUUACAGCUGCAUCUAGUGGACUUGGAGGAAGUUCGAAGGAAAGCUUCCAAUAUCUUAAAACGAGAAAAUUCCAAUCGAGAAGAAACUGCUCCAACAGAUGCUGUUGCUCGUGAAAAUGCUCUUCGUGCUGAGAUUAAGGAUCAUCAAAAAGCUAUUAACGUAGAGAUUUUGAAACUGGUAAAUCGUCAAGAAGCAGACAUUUUGAAGCUGGUGAAUCGUCACAAAGCAUUAAGGUCACUAGCAAAGGCUACAAAGACGAAGUUGAAAGCAGCUGAUAAUACGGUUAUGAACACUCUAGUUGUCCAGACAAUUCGAGAGCAUGCAUAUGCUCAACCAGAAGAAAAACAACUAGAAUCUACCAAAGGAGAUUCCUCACAGGCAAGCACAGAAGGUGAACACUCGCAGCCACCUCAAGCCCUUGUUUCCAAAAUAACCCCUCAAGUUGCAGACAAAAUUCGCAAAUUGGUUCGAUCUCGAUUGACUGAGAGUGUGGCUCACACAAAGGCUAGCAAAAAGACGUCCAGUGGUGACAGUGAACAGAUUAACAGAGAUACUGUCAGUGCCUUAAAGAUUCAUGGCAUCCCAAAACGUAGUGGUGGUGGCGUCACUAAGAGGACCAAGAAAAGAGCCAAUCAGGGUGACAAAACAACAUCAGUUGCCUCUGAUUCCCCGGGCCCUUCCCUCGAUCUGAAUGUCAAAUCUCAUCAAUCUGUUCUGAAAAGAAAAAAACUCAUAUCCAAUUUACUGGGCAGAAAGAAUAGAACGUUUAACAAGUCUUUGGGAGCUCUCUACCCCAAACACAGUAUUGCAGGCUCUCAAUCAAAAGCCAAACAAAAACAAACCAGUCGGCGACCCAAAGCCUCCCAUUGCAAGGACUCUCAAUCGCACAUACCCAUCAGUGUGCUACAAACUGCUCUGAAGAAGAUAAGUCAGAGCACUCAAGUAGCCACUGCAUCGCCCAUACACAUGCUACAUGUACAAACUGCUCUGAAGAAUAUAUGUCGAAAGGCACGAAUUUCUUUACCAAUUCCUAACACAACCUCUGUUUCUAGCACGGCCACUGCUCCAGUUCAAGUAGCCACUACCACCGCUACCACGUCAUUCUCUCAGACACCAAAUAUCUCAAGCUCGGAAGCUCCCGCAUCCGAAUCAUCUACUGCACUACAAAAGCCGGUUACUUCUGAACAAAAGCCAGAACCAAAGCAAAUGACAUUGGAACCGAAAUCAUCAACAAAGGCUAUUUCUAAUGUGACCACUAAACCAGCAACAUCGGAACUGCAAGCAUUGGUAUCGGAACCAAACUCAUCUGCAUCCGAAAAAACCACAGCAAUUCCAACAAAACCUGAAGCCCAGCCCACACAAGCAGAGGUUGUCCCGCCCUCCACAGACUUGAAGUCCCUUCUCUCCUCGCUGAAAACGGUCCCAAAAGGCCUCAACUUACCUGUGCUUGAGUUUCUAAAGGUCAAUUUUCCAGCUCUUCGAUUAGACACACUCGGUGACAUCAUGCAAGUGAACAGUAUGUUAACAAAGACACUCCAAAUGCAGCAGCAAGUUUUGCAAAGUCAAGAAACGCUUGCUAGAAAGACUCUAUUGCCAGGAGCAUUUGAUGGCAUCAAUACGCAACCAGGGGCAACUACAGGAGCCCUGACUACACCUACACAAACCAUUGGCCCUAUUCCAGGAAGUGUUGAUCAGUCAAUCUCGUUACCAGGGCAAAGUGGCCCCUCAGGGAGCAACGUCGGGAAGACCCCUGUAAUGGUGCAGAUAAUCAAGACAGCUGAGUCCUCUUCUAGCUCACCCAAAUCUCGCUCCAUGGCCCAGAAACGCAUGCCCUCAGGCCUCACAGUUACGCCAUCACCCCUCCACACUACUACAAAACUGGCGGAUGAGCUCUACUACCAUGCCAAGUCCGAAGCAGUGCAGCAGGCAAAAUCAGUAUUGGAGCAAGCAGAUUUUGAUGGGAUGGAAAUAGACGUUGUGGGCACUAGCCCCCCUGAGCCGAUACAGCUCCCCGCUCACCUGCGAGACCACACUUACUCACUGUAUAAUCCUGUAAAUGGCGAGAGGACUGCCAAGCCAAAACUUGGGUCCUACAAGCCUGCCAAUAUACCUCCAGCGAGAGUCUCUUACGCUCCCCCGCUUCCUGAGUCGCCCACCCUCCUCUACAAACUACUGAAGGUGGCCCCUCGCAAGCCUGGCAGCAAGACCUCCACCAAGGGCAAGCCUCCUGAGAAGGCACCCUUUGUCAGGGCUAAGCAAGGUCGAUUCACUCCAUCUGGUGGAGGGCGUGCCCGACGUGGGAGGGGAUUGAAGGAAAUGAGCAAAGGUGGGCGUGGCUCUAAGUCUGGUUCUCGUGCUCAAAGUGAGGAGGUGGGAUCUCAAAGCUCAGGGUCUGAUCAUUCGGACACAGAGGGAAGCAGUGAAAUGGUGACUCGUCGGAGGUCUCAGAGGUUCACUGGUCAACGCAAACGUUACAUUGAUGACGUCAACGUCUCGCUCAGUGAUGAUGAGAAUCAGGAGUUGAUUGUGUCCCUACCUACGACUCGUAAGAGUAGCCAUAACCUACGUGACGAGGAUGAUGGGGAGUACAGUAACGAGGCAGAGGGAGCAAGCAGGACAAAGGUCAAGUCAAAGGCCAAACCCAUUAAUCCCACUGAGGGGUUCCAAUACUCGGACAUAUACUUUGAGCCCCCUGCAGAGGAUGCAGAGGUGGUGGAGCGUAUCCUGACACAUCGUAUCCGGGAAACAAUCACCGACGAAGAAAAAGGAAAAUACGGAGAGAAAAUGGAGGAAUAUUUUGUUAAAUACAAGAGCUACUCUUACCUGCACGCCAAAUGGGCAACAUUUGAUAAAUUGUUAUCUGGGGACAAGCGAUUUGAGGGCAAAGUGAAGAGGUAUCGGACAAAGCUGGCAAUGCUUGGAGUGUUUGCUGAGGACGAGGACACGUUCAACCCAGAGUACACAGUCGUGGACAGGGUACUGGACAAGGCCACUCAGGAGGAGGUUAAUGGAGAAGUAGUGACUCACUUCCUGGUCAAGUGGUGCUCCCUGCCCUACGAGGAUUCCACCUGGGAGUUAAUGGAGGACGUGGAUAAUGAGGCCAUCCGACUCUAUGGCAUACGGACCACACCCCCUAUCCCCUCCCACUGCACGUUUGUCUCGAGACCUCCUCCAUCUGGUUUCAAGCCCGUCAAGACUAUCGAAUAUCGAGAGGGGAAUAAACUGCGCUCAUACCAGCUGGAGGGUGUCAACUGGCUCCUGUUCAACUGGUACACUCGUCAGAACUGUAUCCUGGCUGACGAGAUGGGCCUGGGAAAGACAGUGCAGUCCAUCGCCCUCCUGCAGGAGAUUUAUAACACUGGCAUCAAAGGGCCGUUCCUGGUCAUUGCCCCCCUCUCAACCAUCGCCAACUGGCAGAGAGAGGCAGAGUUAUGGACGGACUUCAAUAUUAUUGUCUACCAUGGCAGUGCCUACAGCCGACGCCUCAUCCACGAGUAUGAACUCUAUCACCGUGACGACAGUGGAAAGAUCAUCCCAAACACGUACAAGUUUGAUAUCAUCAUCACAACCUACGAGGUCAUCCUCUCUGAUGACAGUGAGCUGGCGUACAUUCAGUGGAGGGUGGUGAUUAUUGAUGAGGCCCACAGACUCAAGAACAGAAACUGCAAACUACUUGAUCAGCUCAAAGCCAUUGACAUGGAGCACCGAGUCCUGCUGACGGGCACUCCCCUGCAGAACAGCGUGGAGGAACUGUUUAGUUUACUCAACUUCCUGGAGCCGAGCACCUUCACUUCUCACCUGACCUUCCUGCAGCAAUUUGGAGAGCUCAAGACGGAGGAGCAGGUUGACGAGCUCAAGGCAAUCUUGAAGCCGAUGAUGCUGCGUCGACUGAAAGAGGACGUGGAGAAGAGUUUGGCACCAAAGGAGGAGACCAUUGUCGAGGUAGAGUUGACGGUGAGUCAGAAGCAGUACUAUCGUGCCAUUCUGGAGAAGAACUUUACGUUUCUGUCCAAACCGGGAGGGGGCGGGGUCAUGCCCUCCCUCCUCAACGUCAUGAUGGAGCUACGCAAGUGCUGCAACCAUCCAUUCCUCAUACAGGGAGCGGAGCAGACAAUAGUGGCUGACUACCAGCGACGCAACCCGAAUAGUCCAGAGACCGAGUGUCUGGUUCAGGCGUCUGGUAAACUGGUCCUCAUCAGCAAACUACUGCCCAAGCUCAAGGCCAAUGGACACAAGGUGCUCGUGUUCUCCCAGAUGGUGCGGUGCCUUGACAUGCUGGAGGACUUCCUGAGAAUGAGGGGGUACCUCUACGAGAGGAUCGAUGGUAAUGUACGAGGACCACUGAGGCAGGCGGCCAUUGACAGGUUCUCAAAACCAAAUUCUGAUCGCUUUGUGUUCCUGCUGUGUACUCGUGCGGGCGGUCUCGGUAUUAACCUCACAGCAGCUGACACGGUCAUCAUCUAUGACUCUGACUGGAACCCUCAGAAUGACCUCCAGGCACAGGCUCGCUGUCAUCGGAUUGGUCAGAACAAACCCGUCAAAGUGUACAGGUUGAUCACUCGCAACACGUACGAGCGAGACAUGUUUGACAGGGCCAGUCUAAAGCUGGGACUGGACAAGGCAGUGCUGCAGUCGAGUGGGUCAGCCGCCACUGGAUCCGGGCCACCCCAGAUGACCAAAAAGGAGGUGGAGGAUCUGCUCAAGAAGGGAGCGUACGGAGCACUCCUCGACGAGGACGACGACGCUAACAAGUUUUGUGAGGAAGACAUUGACCAAAUCCUGGAGAGAAGGACGCAGGUCAUCCAACUGGAGUCGGAGGGAAAGGGAUCAACAUUUGCCAAAGCCUCGUUCUCGGCUGAUGGAUCCACAGACAUUAGUAUUGACGAUCCUAACUUUUGGCAAAAGUGGGCGGAGAAAGCCAACCUGGACCUGGACGAGCUAGCCAACAAGGAUACUUUGGUUAUUGACACUCCUCGCCAGCGUAGACAGGUCCGUCGCUAUGGUAAUGACAAUCAGGAGGAAGUGGUUGACAUGGGAGAUAUUAUUGAUGAGGUGGUGGACCUGCUCCCGUCACGUGGCAAGCAGGGCUGGACGAAGCUCGAGUGUUUGAAGGUGGAGAAGGGGCUGCUCACCUUUGGCUGGGCUAACUGGAAGAGAAUCAUUAGGAACACUUCUUUCAGCAAGAGGCAGCUGGGGAGCAAAGAUAUAGAGAACAUUGCCAGGACUAUUCUGGUGUACUGCCUCUCCCACUUCACGGGUGACGAUAAGGUCACAGCGUAUGUGAACCGACUGAUUGACCCAGGCAUCACCACGGAAACAGAGGCGGAGGAGGACAAGUUCUACCAGGCCUUCAGUGAGGAGGACCUCCUGGAACUAAAGGCCAAGGACUCAGAGACACUAUUCGAAGAUGACUCGUACAUGAAGCACCUCGUGAGACAUGCCAACAAGAUCUUGUUACGAGUGAGACAGCUUCACGUGUUGAGGUGGAGCAUGUUGGUGGACCAGUACGACCAGAUCAUGGCCGGGGAUACCAUCAAAGAGCUUAAGAUGAACCUUCCCCUGCCAGAGGAGAGCCCCCCUGCCCCGUGGUGGGUCGCGGAGUGUGACUACUCUCUCCUUGUGGGGAUUGUCAAACACGGCUACGAGAUGUUUGGUCCAAUGAGAGCCGACCGUGCCCUAUGUUUCCGAGCCCUCUGUGGGGAGGAGCCGAGGGCAAGCUCCAAGAAGAAGAAAGCUGCGAUCGUACGAGCAGCUGCCCUGGCGGCCAAGAGCCGAGCUGCUCAUGGUGUGGAGAGUGAGGGUAGUGGGAACGAGAGUGACUGGGACGAGGGGCUAGAGGAACCAUCCCCCGGGAAGAAGACCACCAAGGUGACCAAGCACGGCGGUAAGCACGGCGUGUCAGGGCUCCACCCUUGGCCGACCCUGGCGGAUGUGAACACCCGUGCCCGUCGCUAUAUAACCACUUGGUUACGACACCAGCGACGGGAGGAGGUCAAGCAGCACAACAUUCAGAGGGAGCACUUUAAGAAGGAGAAGGAAGCUGAGCAUCAGAGAAAGAAGGAACAGAGGAAGGCAGAACUUGCUCAGAAGUGGUCUAAGAGGGAGGAGCAAGACUUUGCUCGAGUUGUGGCCUAUUAUGGGGUGGUGUUUAACUCAGAGAUCAACAAAUACGACUGGUCACAGUUCAGGAUUUUGGCAAGCCUGAACAAGAAGUCGGAUGAGCGACUCACCCUCUACUUCCAUGACUUCAAGCGCAUGUGCUGGAGGGUGCUCAAGAAGAGAGAGAGCAAGUCAAAAAGAGGGUUGUCUGGAAUAGCUGUGGAGACUAUAAAUGAAGAAAGAGCGUCUCGCUCUCUGCAGAGGAUCAGUCUAAUGUCGGCCAUCAGAGAAGAGAUCCAGCCCCAUCCCAAGUUUGAUGAGCUAAUCAAGUUGUGUGAGCUCUCGUUUGAGGUCCCCUCGUGGUGGCUGCCAGUCAUCCAUGACACUGACCUCAUCAAGGGUGUUACUGAACACGGGCUGAUUCACUCCGAAGACCUGAUCUAUAACGACCCUCACCUCAGGUUCAAGUCCACAGUGCCACAGUCCGCCCUCUAUGACCCAAACAUAGGUAUUGAGAGAGAGGAGAGCACAAGCAGCGAAGAAGAUGAGGAGGAAGAGGAGGAGGAAGAGGAUCGCAGGCACAGACGCAGGGAGGGGCUCUCUUCCAACCCCUCGGUACCGCUAGGAUGGCCAAAGGACAAGGCUAUAGUAAUUCGACUGUCGAGGAUUGUGUAUGCAUUCCGUACCGGUUCCUGGCCACGCCCCAUGGAGGGAUUAGAUCUCUUCAUCCCCGCGGUGGACGAUCAAUCAUCUUCCUCUGAGUCAGAGGUGGACGUAACCAGUGACGAGGAUUGGGAUAAGGGUAGCAAGAAAGGGGCGGAGCCUAUUGAGGAAACUGAAGGGGUAGACAGAGACUUUGAAAUUGAAAAGAGUCAAGGUCUGAAGAUCACUCUGAAAAAGGCCCCCCGCACUCGUUCAACCACAUCCAAAAUGGCCACACCCCCUCCAGAUAACGCCAAGUUGAUGGUACGAAUUCCACUCGUUCAGUUGAAGUUUGCCUCCAGCUCUGGUCUCAAGAGGAUACCCAAGAAACGUUCUCUGGAGCAAGACGAUCUCCAUAACAACACACCUGACGCUAAGAGGCAGAGGACUAGCACAGCACAUUCCAAAAAUGUGCUGAUAGUGGACCCCCUGACGGUGAAUGUGGAAGAUCUGGGGGGUCAGGAGAAGGUGGGCGUCGUCAACAGAAACACCAGAGAAAAGCUUCCCCUGAGGCAGUCUCCCACACUGAAGAACCUCUCUCUUUGGUUGGACGGUCACCCUCACUUCAACGUGGAGCCCAACUGGGGACCCGUCGUCAUAGAGUGGGGAGCGUUGAAGGCGGACAUGCAUCACCGAGUACUAAUAGGAGACUCGGACGAUACCUUAGGGGCACAUGAACACAUGGAGGAAAGUUAGCUAUAUAUAGCUAUAAAAUAUUAUGUUAUGACCAGGACCUAUUCAAGUUUUAGACUGUUCACGAUUUUAAUUAUUACUCCAACACUCUCUUUUCUCGUUAUUUAUCACUAUUUGAUUAUUGUAUGUACGACAACAUCAUGCAUAUAACAAACAAUAUUAUUAUGGAAAAAUUAAAGUAA